GGACAUCCGGUCCAGCUCCAGGGGUCCGAAAGUGACUCUGUCCUCCUCCCUUGGAUCUCAGUAGCUUCUAACCCGGAAUCGUGGUCCACGAGCCGAUUUGCAGUGGCCGCGGGCCGGCGCCACGCCAUUCCCUGCGCUUGUGCUCGCGGAGUGCGCCCGGCCUCCCCGCCAGGGGGGAAAAUGCCGAAGAAAAAGACCGGUGCGAGGAAGAAGGCAGAGAACCGCCGGGAGCGGGAGAAACAGCUUCGAGCUUUGAGAAGCACCAUAGAUUUAGCUAAGCACCCAUGCAACGCUUCAAUGGAAUGUGAUAAGUGCCAGAGGCGGCAGAAGAAUAGAGCGUUUUGCUACUUUUGUAAUUCUGUACAGAAGUUACCAAUUUGUGCACAGUGUGGGAAAACAAAGUGCAUGAUGAAGUCAUCGGACUGUGUCAUAAAGCAUGCUGGCGUGUACAGUACCGGCCUUGCGAUGGUGGGUGCCAUAUGUGACUUCUGUGAAGCUUGGGUUUGUCAUGGGAGGAAGUGUCUCAGCACACACGCCUGUGCCUGCCCUCUCACUGAUGCUGAGUGCGUGGAGUGUGACCGAGGGGUCUGGGACCACGGAGGCAGAAUAUUCAGCUGUUCCUUUUGCCAGAACUUUCUCUGUGAAGAUGAUCAAUUUGAACAUCAAGCCAGCUGCCAGGUUUUAGAGGCGGAAACAUUUAAAUGUGUUUCAUGCAAUCGGCUUGGUCAACAUUCUUGUCUUCGUUGUAAGGCUUGUUUCUGUGAUGAUCAUACAAGGAGCAAGGUGUUUAAACAAGAGAAAGGAAAACAGCCUCCCUGCCCCAAGUGUGGACAUGAAACGCAGGAAACCAAGGAUCUCAGCAUGUCAACGCGCUCCCUGAAAUUUGGCAGGCAGACUGGAGGCGAAGAAGGAGAUGGAGCGGCUGGGUACGACGCCUACUGGAAGAACCUUUCAUCUGCUAAAUAUGGUGACACCAGCUACCAUGACGAGGAGGAUGACUAUGAAGCAGAGGAUGAUGAAGAGGAAGAAGAUGAAGGUGGAAAGGAUUCAGAUGCUGAGCCAUCAGAUCUGUUUACUAAUUUGAAUUUAGGAAGGACCUACGCCAGUGGCUACGCGCACUAUGAGGAGCAGGAGAGCUAGGAGAGCCGCUUGCCCGUCGGCGACCUGGUCUGAGAGGGGCAGGAAGGUGUGCGCGUGAUGAAUUGUGUGCGUGCGUUCAAAGGGCCGUCACCCAGCCUUGUGCAGGGUCACCGUUACUGGGGCGAAGAGCAGGGCAUAGCAUCUUUAUAGGAAAUGAUAAUCAGGCUUACAGCGUAAGAAAAGUGGAUUUCAAAUGUGAGAUAUUUAUUAAUACAAACAAUUGAAGCAUCAUGGAUUGGACUUUUACUGAUUUCAGUAACCUGGUAGGUUUUGCCAAUUAGACACAUAACACAGGAUAAAGGAAUAGGAGGGUAAUAUAUAUGAAAUUAAAUUGCUGUUUUUACGAAAACCACUGCUUAUGAAUUCAUUCUGUCUGAUUUUUUAAAUAUGUAAUGGGUAAAAUGAAUUACUGUAUUUUCCUUUUUAUGUCCACAGAAUACAAGUUGGAUGUUAUAUGCUGAAUUUUCAUUAAAUCUUCAUGUUAUCUUAUAUAGUCAUGACUUGCAUGCUUUAGCAGUUGAUUGAUUUCUUCACAGUGUAUUUUUUGACCCGUGCCGACUAAAUGCCAAAGUGGAUAGAAGAAGGUGACUAUAGAGCCAUCUUUCAGACACAUAAUCAGAAAUAGUAUUACACGGAUA